CAGGCGAAUGGGAAAUGGAAAAAAUAAAGAAGUUUGUUGAAAAUUCCACGAUUCCUUUGCCGACUAAUUGGUCUAGUACAUGGCAAGAUGAAAUUCGUAAAAAUUAUCUUACUAUCAAUGUUGUACGCGAAACGAGUAUUGUCGAAAAUAGUACACAAUCAGCGACCAUGGGUGUAGUUGAUGUUUUUUCAAAUGUUGGUGGCCAAACUGGCCUAUGGAUUGGUAUUAGUCUUCUUUCAAUCAUGGAGCUAAUAGAAAUGCUAUAUCGGUUGAUUCGAAACGAAUUUCAUAUUAUUCGAAGAAAGAUACAAGUUAAUAGACAAUAA